CUCUCGGCCUAUCCAGUCUAGAAGUGGAAUCGUAGUCUGGUUAAUUGACUCCUUUCGUCAGAUUUCCUUUAAUUCUGCUCAAGUCUUCGCUUGUGACUGACUCCCCACCUUUGUUUUUCCUGAAGGUGAAUCUCUGGCUCCAAUCUGAGGAGGCCAUGUCUGCAGAAUUGAUUUCAUCUGCAGAAGAGGAUGUACAUCCUGGCUCAGGACCCAGUUUUAGGUCCAUUCAGAGGAAGAUAUUAAACCUGCUCUUGGAGAGAGACACUUCCUUUACCACCUGUCCAGAUCUCCCUAGAACUCCAGUGAACAAACUCUUUGGCGAUUCUGCAAACCUAAGUGUUUUGUCUGGAGGAACCCCAAAAUGUUGCCUUGAUCUUUCCAAUCUUAGCAGUGGUGGGGAGAUGUCUGCCAGUCAGCUUACCACUUCUGCAGACCUUGAUGAAACAGGCCACUUGGAAUCUAAAGGACCUCAGGACAUACAUUUAGCUGGGAUGAAUCAUCACCAGCACUUUACAAAAUGCAGCCCAGCACAGCUGCUUUGUAGCACUCCAAAUGUUUUGGACUGUGGCAACAGGAAGAAAGAUGCAGUAUGUAGCUCACCCACAAAUAAAGAAAAUAAGAAUAACACUUUGAAGUCCUCCGAGUGGUGGGCAUCCAGGAGCCUGAAGUUUCAAAAGACACCAGGGGAGCCUUACAUGUCUCCCCUUUCUCUACUGGACAAUGGAAAGUUGGUGGAAGGAGAAAUGAAAUAUCUGGGCAGUCCCAUUACUACACUUCAAAAAUUGGAUAAAAAUUCAGAACAAGAAGAACACCAGGCAGAGGAGAUUUCAAAUGAAUUGAUGGAGUUUUCUCUGGAAGAUCAAGAAGAGAUCAAGGCAUCUCUGAAUAGAAGCUCCUUGUAUCGCUCGCCUUCACUGCCAGAGACUCUGAACAGGCCAAGACUGAAUCAGGUGGUAAAAUUCAAGGACAAUCCCAUAGCGGAUAAAGUAAAACAGGAGUAUUGUUCUCACAACAAAGAAUUCAGGAAGGGCUUAGGUCUAAAGAAGGCAGUCUCUCUGUGUGACAUUAAUAUCACUCAGAUGCUGGAGGAAGAGUCUAACCAGGGGUCUCUGAUUGGUGAUUUCUCCAAGGUGUGUGUGCUGCCAACCGUGUCAGGGAGACACCAAGAUCUGAAGUACAUCAACCCAGAAACAGUGGCUGCCUUACUGUUAGGGAAGUUCCAGAGUCUGAUUGAGAAGUUUUAUAUCAUCGAUUGCCGCUAUCCAUAUGAGUACCGGGGAGGACACAUCCAGGGAGCCUUAAAUUUGUACAGUCAGGAAGAACUAUAUGACUUCUUUCUGAAGAAGCCUGUCAUGCCUCUGGACACCCAGAAAAGAAUAAUCAUCGUGUUCCACUGUGAAUUCUCCUCAGAAAGGGGUCCCCGAAUGUGCCGCUCUCUCAGAGAAGAGGACAGGGCUCUGAACCAGUAUCCUGCAUUGUACUACCCAGAGCUAUAUAUCCUUAAAGGGGGCUACAGAGACUUCUUUCCAGAAUAUACGGAACUGUGUGAACCACAGAGCUACUGCCCUAUGCAUCACCAAGACCACAAGGCUGAGCUGCUGAGGUGUCGAAGCCAGAGCAAAGCAUGGGAAGGGGAGCGGCAGCUGCAGGAACAGAUUGCCUUACUGGUGAAGGAUGUGAGCCCAUGACAAUGGAUCAGUGGUUUGCUGCUUACAAGUCACCCAAAGACACUGUAGAAACCCUGAACAGAAAGAGCCAUGUUGAAUGUGGCAAAACCCAACAUUGUUAAAAGAUGGCUGCAAACCAACAGGCUGCCAAGAUAAUGAAAUUCUAGGCCUGGGGGUUGGUUUUAGCAAAACUGCUGGCUGUUGACUAAGUCCCGGAGCUGGCUUUAGAAGGCUGUAGCUUUGGGUUGGAUGGAGAUUUGUGUUGCUUCAGGAAGUGGUUACAUUCUCUUCCCAAUUAAGUGUCUUCUUACAAGCCAGCCAGCUCUUUCUCUCCCUGGGUCUGUGCAAGGGAGUUGGGCAUCUUCUUUCUCUGUACUUUCCUUCUUUGUUUCCCUCUCUCUCUUUUUCUUAAAUGAGAAAAUAAACACUACAAAAUUAGGGAUUUGAUUGUGAGCUCAGUCUACUCCUAGAAGGUCUUUAUAAGGAAGAGAUCACCAAAUUAGACUCCUUUAAACAAAGGUGUAACCAUCUUGAUUUAUAGCCGAGGGCAAGGUGCUUUUCUCUAGACCUGUGGUUCUCAAAGUUUGGGCCCUGAACUGUAAGCAUCAUCUGAAUUUCUUUGAAAUGUAAAUUUUCAGGCAUCACACAGUUAACUAAAACAAAACUUCUGAGUUAGGGCUCAGAAUUCUGGGUUUUGAAAUUUCCUUUUCAGGUGAUUCUGAUUCAUGCCAAGCCUUGAGAACCUCUGCUCUGGAAUUAAGGAAAACCUUUUAAACUGCAUUCUCCAGCAAUAUCCUGGCUAUCCUUUCCUAGACCAUUCCAAGAUGAAGAAACUGAAGCCCAGAAAAAUUAAGUGCUGUGCCCAAGGUCAUCCAGCAUGUGUUGAACCCAGAAGGUCUAUAAAGCUUGUGUUCUUAACUAUUCACCACACUGUUAAUAUCCCAGGUGAGGGUAGCAGCAGGAAUUAAAGCUUACCAGUGAGAGAGGGCCUGAUAGAAGGCAGAAACCAAGGUUACAAAUGAAGUGGAGUAAGAUGCAAGGUUUUCAGACUGUUGAGCCCAAUCAGUGGAUUGCAAAGCCUUAUAGGGCAAGUUUUGUCUCUUAAUCAUUUUUGCACCCAGUACAAAUUUGAACCCAUAAUCAGUCUCAAAAGACAUUAUUGAA